GAACGAAAGUGCCAGAGAGGGGACACAGCUUUCAAUGACAGAUGUUGAACAGUUUUCACCUGGAUAAAGUGAUUGUUUUUUGGACAAAUACGUUACUAUCGAACAACAGGCAAUUGUCUUACAAAAAGAAUAAACGUGUGAGGAAGGGAAUGGUGAAGAUGUCUUCAAGAACAGAAAGACAAUCAACUUGUUGACAGUCAGUCAAGUGUUGAACUAUAUGAAAACAGACAGAUCGCUCAGGGAACGACAAGGGGACAGCAACCACCAAUAGCUGAAAUUUUACACACAUUGUGAACAUUCAAAGACUGUGGUAUUACCAGCACUUUAGAUAACUAGUUGCAGAGCUUUCUGUCGUUCAGUCGACUGUCUCUCAGAUAGUGGCUAGCUAUGUUUCCUCUAGAUUCUACGUGGAACAUUUCCUUUGCAGGUUGUGGUUUCUUGGGGAUCUAUCAUAUUGGUGUAGCGAGUUGUCUACUGGAACAGUGUCCUUUUCUAGUCCACAACGCCCGCCACAUAUAUGGGGCAUCGGCAGGGGCGCUCACCGCAUCUGCGCUGGUCACCGGAGCGUGUUUAGGUGAGGCAGGCGCCAACAUCAUUGAUGUGGCUAAGGAUGCCCGGAAGCGUUUCCUGGGUCCUAUGCAUCCAUCUUUCAACCUGGUCAAGAUCAUGCGUAACAUGCUGUAUAAAACCCUGCCACCCGAUUCCCACCACAGAGCCACAGGGAGGCUGGGCAUAUCACUGACCAGGGUGACCGACGGAGAGAAUGUCUUGGUGUCCCACUUCAACAGCAAGGAGGAGCUGGUGCAGGCCUGUGUCUGUAGUGCCUACAUUCCUGUGUACUGUGGACUGAUCCCCCCUACACUGCAGGGUGUGCGUUACGUGGAUGGUGGUAUCAGUGACAAUCUGCCUCAGUAUGAGCUGAAGAACACCAUCACUGUGUCUCCAUUCUCUGGAGAGAGUGACAUCUGCCCUAGAGACCGAUCCACCAACAUGCAUGAACUACGAUUCACCAACACCUCCAUCCAGUUUACACUCACCAACCUCUACAGAGUGUCCAGAGCUCUGUUUCCUCCUGAGCCACAGGUUAUGAAGACCAUGUGUAAACAGGGAUAUAAAGAUGCCCUUCACUUCCUGAAGAAGAACGGACUACUGAAUCAUCCAGGACCCCACAGACCUCUGAUAGCUGACGGUGAGGAUGACGAAGAUGACAUCAUGAACGAGGAUGAUGAUGAUGAGGAAGAGCAUGAGGAGCAUCAUGUAGAGAACGAGAUCAGACCCAGCGAGGAUGGGGUAGUGGUAAACCCCUCCCAAUCCAAAUCCACCAUUGAGGAUCACAUCUUUGAACAUCUGCCACCCAGACUACACAAAGCUCUGGUUGAAGCCUGCAAGGAGAGAUACAGUCUGGUCCAGUCGCUAAGCAACCUGCUGCCAGUCAGGAUGGUGACGGCUAUGAUGCUUCCCUAUACCCUUCCCUUGGAGUCUGCUCUGUCUAUGACUGUUAGGUAGGACUAGACCCUAUACCCUUCCCCUGGAGUCUGCUCUGUCCAUGACUGUUAGGUAAGACUAGACCCUAUA